AUGUGAAUGUACCGUUCACAUUUUAUAUUUUGUACUGUUUUGUUUGGCCCCCAUCCAUUAUUAUCUUCAAGUAGAUUUUGUAGUUAGGAAUUGUUUGAGCCAAAGUAGUGAGUCUGAUCCACACCCACCGAACUCCAUUUCCCAUGAGUCUUUGCGCACGCGCUGUUUCUGGGUGUCUAGCAACAGCUAACCAGCCCGGCCAGGCGGACACCAGCCGGCGGCAGCAGCAGUAGCGAUUCUCGGCGUGUCUUCCGGUAGAUUGCUCGCUGUCGGGGUUUUUGCAUUUCGUCUGGACCGAGUCACACGGCUGGCAAGAAAAGAGAGCGGGAAGACAACCGCGAGCGAGCCCUGCGCAAAGAUAUGAGCGGCAGCGGGCGGCCCAGGACCAGCUCGUUUGCUGAGCCGCCAGGACUUCCAGGAGCCGCCGCCGCGCCCGCUGCCGUGGGGAGCAGCACAGGAAAGUCCGGGGUCCCACAGGCCUCCGGCGGCAGCUUGUCGGGAUGCUCGAACCUCAAGCUAGCCAGAGACAGCGGCAAGGUGACGACGGUCGUGGCCACGCCGGGUCAGGGCCCGGACCGCCCGCAAGAAGUGUCCUACACUGACAUCAAGGUGAUCGGCAACGGCUCGUUCGGGGUGGUCUACCAGGCGCGCCUCAUCGAGAGCCAGGAGAUGGUGGCCAUCAAGAAGGUCCUCCAGGAUAAGCGGUUCAAGAAUCGUGAGCUGCAGAUCAUGAGGAAGUUGGACCACUGUAACAUCGUCAGACUACGUUACUUCUUCUACUCCAGUGGAGAGAAGAAGGAUGAAGUGUACCUCAACUUGGUGCUGGACUUUGUCCCUGAGACAGUCUACAGGGUGGCCCGGCAUUUCAACAAGAACAAGAGCAUCAUUCCCAUCAUCUACGUCAAGGUGUACAUGUACCAGCUGUUUCGCAGUUUGGCUUACAUCCACUCGCAAGGCGUGUGCCACCGGGACAUCAAGCCGCAGAACCUGCUGGUGGACCCCGAAACCGCCGUCCUCAAGCUGUGCGACUUUGGCAGCGCCAAGCAGCUGGUGCGCGGCGAGCCCAACGUGUCGUACAUCUGCUCGCGCUACUACCGAGCGCCCGAGCUCAUCUUCGGCGCCACCGACUACACGGCCAACAUCGACAUCUGGUCGGCGGGCUGCGUCCUGGCCGAGCUGCUGCUGGGCCAGCCCAUCUUCCCCGGCGACAGCGGCGUGGACCAGUUGGUGGAGAUCAUCAAGGUGCUCGGCACCCCGACCAGGGAGCAGAUCCGGGAGAUGAACCCCAACUACACAGAGUUCAAGUUCCCGCAGAUCAAAGCUCACCCUUGGACCAAGGUGUUCAAGCCGCGUACGCCGCCCGAGGCCAUCGCGCUGUGCUCUCGCCUGCUGGAAUACACGCCGGCCUCGCGCCUCUCGCCGCUGGAGGCGUGCUCGCACACCUUCUUCGACGAGCUGCGGCAGCCCAACGCGCGGCUGCCCAGCGGACGGGAACUGCCCGUGCUCUUCAACUUCAGCACUACAGAUGGGACCGGCCCUGACGCCUCCCAGUUGGGGCCAGUACCCGGAACUCUUAACAGCAUCUGAAGCGGCCAAUCGCCUGCCUGCCUGCCCGGCCAGCCCCGCCCUCCUGUCUCGCUCUCUCUCUCUCUCUCUCCCUCUCUCUCUCAAACAGACAGACACACACACACACACAUACAUGAAUAUGUAACUGCUGGUGUGUGUGCGCUGCUCGCGCUCCUGGUAGAUGAUGUUUUUGUACAGUCAUCGCAGCUGGAGAUUCUCACACACGCACAUACACGGACAACACACGCAUAACACACAGGACUGUCUGACUGCUGCUCCAGCGGUAUGUGAAGGUUCAAACGUGGGGGCUGGUCCUCUGUAAUAUAACUUUUUUUUUUUUCUUAUUAUUGACUUCCCCCCCACCCCCCGUUCUUCACCCAUGUUUGUCUUUAUUUAUUUGAACACAUCUCUCACACACACACACGUUUCCUCAUUUCCUUGUUUGUUGAGUUUGAAAUCAUUGUCAAGCGCGUACGAGGUCGACGGGGCACUGCAGAAUGUUCGCCUCGGGCCGGAGGAGAUGUUCACUCAGGAGAUGCUCCCAACUUCUUCCACACACAUUUUUAUUAUGAUUAUUAUUCAUAUUUUAUGUUUCUCACCGCGGUCACAUGUUCCGCUUCCGUCUUUCACUUAUUUUCUUCUCAGAAAAAAAAUCCCUUUUUAGAGAAUUUUAUUGAACAUUGUCGUGAUUUUAAGACAAAUGUUUCUUUUUUUUCCUUUUUCUUUUUAAAGCCUUGAGACCUGCUUGAAGCACUAGCGAGCAUCUCAACACUAGUUGACAUAGACUCAUCACGUAGCGUAACAUGCUGGCUGGAAGAACAGAGUGAACAAUAAUCCCUCGGCCAAUAGCGAACACCGCAAGUAAUUGAUGUUUGAGCGUCAGGUGCCUAAACUUGUCCGACUCCCAACGCGUUUGCCAUUUCUCUGCUUUGUAAUCGACGUGACAAGCCGAUAGUCGACUCCUAAUCUUUAGCUUCAACUCAAAAGCGGUGCUGAUCGCAACUCCAAAGUGAUGCAACGCUGCCAUCUACUGAUGCGUUCGCGCAUCAUUCCGGUUAUGUAGAAGCUUGAAUUGCACAGACGAGCGGGGUGACGCCUACCCAUAGGAAAAAUGUACUUGAUUGAUAUUUUUGUUCGUUUGUAUAAAUAUAAACGUCCACGGCAGUGAAUGAGUUAAUAGUUUAAACUGUAAACAUAUUACAAAUUAUGAUCCCAAAAAAAAAACCCAAUGUGAUCUGAUUUUAGCAGAGCAAAAGCAUACACAUGCGGCAGACUCUCCGGAACAACCCGAGCUAAACAUAGCUCCUCCCUGACCUACAAAGUUGUUCAACAGUCAAGAUGUGUCACUUGGACAUCAUUUCUUGACACCAAUUACUACUAUCCUCAUAUCCAGGGCUUUGGCGCCAUCUUGUGGCAUCUUGGCAUUACAGAAAGAGAAACGGUGAAUUUUGCAGCGAAUAGCGGGCGGGGGAUUGCGGAGUGAAUGUCGGCGGGCUUCAUGUAGCAGCAGCAUGCACCAUCUUAUUCCGUUUCUCUUUAUUUAUUCUCUUUCCUUUCUACCAGUGAAAGAGAGGCUCACUUCUUAAGAGUAUUUUGUCAUUCAUACGGUUUCCUUUCCCAGGCACUUUCAUGUCGUAACCGAAGGUUUCGAUCCUCCCGCUGCCAUGGCAUUUGUAAAUAAUUUUUUUUUUAUUUGACCCCUCUCUCUCUUUUUUUAAUAUAUUACAGAGCUGUUUAUAUCUCCUGCCACUCGUUCUGUCCAUAUGUCUGUGCUUGUCUAUUCUGUAAAUACACCUUUGUGUCGCCAUGUAAAUAUUGCAGAGAAAAGAAGAAGAAGAAAAGUUGUCAUGUUUGUCCAGCACCUUUUCUUUGGUUCUCUCUCUCUUUGCUUUUCCCAAAUGAAUCUCGUGCCAGUGGCUCAGUAGCGAGGCCUCCUCUUCCCAAUGGGAGGUGUGCUGGCCGCCUGCUUCACUUGAUUUGGCAACAGAGCUGCUUUGUUUGUUUGUGUGUUGAGUUCAAUCUUAUUUAGGGAGGAAGGAAGAAGAGAAAAAAAAGUUACAUCUUGUCACACAAUAAUGUCCAGCGAAUUCACGUGCUGCUAAUUAUCAGCAGGUGACAUUUUGCGGUACGACUGCAAACGAAAGCCUCAGUGUGUAUGUGAGUGUUUUUGUUUUGUUUCCUUGAUUUGACACUUUUUAUCCUUUAGUUCUGCUCUGUGCCGAGAUGGAGAAGGAGAGAGAAAGAAAAGCCAACCUGUUUGUCUGUUCUGUGCGCGUGUGCGUGUAUGUGAAUUCAUUUACUGUAAUAAAGUGAUGAUGAAACAGUUGAA